AUGGCAUUGCUCCUUAUGUUGCUGGCAAAGUUUUCCGACUUCACGAAUGUCUUUCUCUCCGGUCUUGUCAUCCCGUUGAUUCCCACCAUGCUCCAGGACCGAGCUCAUGUGCCCCAUCGACAAGUGCAAAUAUGGACCUCUGUGCUUGUUUGCGCCUAUGGGGGUGCGUAUGCAGUAGCAACUCCUUUGAUCCCUUUCUUCACGCACCGAGGCUCAGCGAACUACGGGGUGUAUCUGGGCGGCCUCAUUUGCGCCGCUGCUGCUUUGGGCCUCCUACAACUCUCCUUUGACCUCUCCCUAUUCGUUCUUGCUCGGGCUCUUCAAGGUCUCGCUGCAGCUGUGACUACCAAGGCAUCCACGGGAAUCCUGGUCAGCAGAGCCAGCAUCAGGGUAACGUGGCUCACGCCCGCCUUCCUCCACAGCGUGGCCAUGGCAACAGGUCCGAUGACCGCCGGCUUUCUGCACGAUUACCACAGUACCCACGCCGUCUUCUAUUGCGCCUAUGCCCUCGUUAGCCUGAAUGUCUUGCUGGGCCUGUUCGCUUUCAACACCUCCGCCGUCACAGGAAUUAGCCCAGCCAGUUGUCCGGAGAGGGAGGGUCUUCUACCAGAGUCACCACGGAGCGGCUACGGGACAAUUACGUCCAGCGUGGUCGACCACAGCACUGGAUCCCCGCGGUCAACUUCCACUUCUGCGCCUCUACACUCGAACUUGGCCGAACGUGAUGGUCCUGCUGCGGCAACAGCCUGGAGUCCCCGACUUCUAAUUGCCCUGUGUGGGUAUCUUGUUAUUGGCUUGCUUACCUCGGCCCUCUACAGCGUUCUUCCGCUCUUUGUCCAGCGCCACUUUAACUGGUCGGUGUUCGCAACCGGGUACCUUUUUGUUCCGCUGUCAGCGCCUGCCGCCAUUAUCGGGCCACUGGCUGGCAUCGUGGCCUCUCGCGUGCCUCGAUCAACCCGGUUCCUCACCGCUAUUGGGUUCUUGGCUUGUGUUCCUGCCCUUCUGUCCCUGGGCCAGCUUACGGAGAACACGACGCUGGUUCGGCACGCUUUCCUCCUCAGUCUCAGCGGUCUGUCCCUGGCAACUGGUCUGUCCGGCGACCCCUUGUUUGCCGAGGUUACGAGAGCCGUGAGGUUCUCUGCCAGCAACCCGUGGAGCGCCACAGCUCAAGCCGCCAAUCUUCCAAACGUUGCCAAUGCGUUGGGCGGUCUUGUUGGCCCACUCAUUGGAGGCGCGGUCAGUUCACUCUGGGGUUGGCAGGCAAUGAACAGGUUAUUGGGCGUUAUUGCGGCAGCCACUGGCUUCGGCUUGCUGCUAUGCUUGCAAGGCUGGAUUGGAAACCCAUCUUUGGACAUCCGCUCCCACCACCUCGAAGCCAGCUCUGACGAGGAAUCCGCCCCGUUGUUGGCGAACGAGCAAUCAGAUCGCAAUUUCUAUGGUCAGUCUGUGGCUUACGGUAGCAAACACGAAGCCUCCAGUGCAGAGAGACAGAACUCGGAUGCUGUGUCCCCGCAUGCUCGCAAGAAUCGCACCCAUCGCCGACAUUUCAGCGUCGAUAACUUCUCCGUUACUACAGCAACGGCUCCGGGCAGCAUGGACUCGUCCACAUCCUCGGUCCGUUUCCAAGCCGCCCUGGAGACGCCCAUGCAUGGGCAGCGACCGGGGACCAGCGACAGUGUGUGCAAGGCGAGCACGGAGCGACGGUACGUCAUGCGUGAGGCUCCUCAUGCGCCAUCAACAGACCCGCUCCUGGCUGCAGGCAGCCUCUACGUCAUCGACGAGGAACGCGAUACCAAGCGCGGCGUGGAAAGUGAGAGGCAGAAACGUCGCGUCGUGGUGUUUGCGGAGGGAUCUGCGCCGCCAGAGCUGCUGCAGCGUCACCGCCAUCAUGUGGUUGCCAUCAACGCGCUGGAUGGGACCGCGCAGAUGGUGUCCGACAGCACCGACAACCACGCGGUGCAUGUCACGGAGGCGGCUGACGCGGACGAAGCCGCGUUUGCAGAAGCCACCUGCAGGCGAUACGUCGUCGUUGUGGUCGAGGGUGAGGACACCGAGUGGGCGUGA